UAUUUCCUCCAGUAUCACAAUUAGAAACAGUAAAAACUUUGUUUGAAAUUUAAAUAAUAAAAUAAUGCAACUGUAAAAUAUAUAUUCACUUAAUUGACUGUAAAAUAAUCAAAAUUUUUAGAUUCCUUUUGAAAGGAUUUAUAAAAAAAAAUACAGUUUCUUCAAUUAUGCAUAUUUCAAAUUUUCUAAAUUCUCUUCAAAUUAUUUAUAUUGUUACACUUUACACCUGCAUUAAUGGUGAUGGAUCUAUUUUACAAUCUCAACAUAUGCCGUCUAAAAUUAAUGAAACUUUAAAUGGCACUGAAUCAAUUGAGGAACAAUUGACAAGAAAAAAAGAAAUUGCACAUCUCACAAAUCUAGGAAUGGAUGAGCCAGAAUUAUUUUAUAAUUUAACGCAUCCAAACAAUUUUCCAAAGAACUGCACAAAUUUGAAACAAAAGAUGAGACAUCUUUACAAGUCGACGAAUUAUUAUUCUCAUUCUCGUGCAUUGUGGUUUAAUUUUGUAUUAAAAUGGGCAAUGAAAUUUUACAGAGAAGGUAAUUUUUCUUCUUCUAUAAGAUUUGAAGAUUAUUUUGCCAUUCGAUACUACACCAUCAAAGGAUAUGGAGAAAUGAUAUUUGAUACAGAUGUAUCGAGACGAAUUAAAAAUGCACUUUUUAGUUUGGCAAUUACACAAUCCAGUGAUCCAAAUGAACAAAUGGAUUUUACUCUAUUUAGAGGAAACACCGAACUAACAUCAUGGUACAAGGAACAAUUUAAUGAAACAAAAAAUGAAUUACAAUGGCAUACAUUUAUUGAAACAACAUCAACUCGUAAAGAGGCAGAAUUUAUGACUGAAGAUGGAAAAUUUUCAGAUGCAUUUCUUAUGACUGAAGGUGUUUAUGAAAUGCAUUUUUCAAAACCAUAUCUGAGAGCAAACAUCAAUAAUUAUACUUCUUUUGGUGGAAAUAACGAGACCGUUCUAAUUCCAGGAAUGAAAUUUUUCAUUAACGAAACAAUUUGGAAUAAAGAAAAUGGGACUAACGAACGUUUAACAAUUAAAAUGACACACAAUGAUGAAAAUAUAGAUUUAUUUGAUCAACAAAAGAAAGUUAUGAGUGAAUUAAAAAAAUUACGUGAAUCUGGAACUCAAUUUUAUGUAUGUUAAUUAUUAUCUUUAUCCAAGAUAUGCAAUCCAUAUUUUUUUCAUUUUUUUUU